UUCCUCCGCCAAUCCUGGCAUUUUGCCUUGAAACGCCGCCGAUAGAGUAGAAUCUCUCCAAGCCCCGCCGGGUCGCUCCGACCGUCUGUGAUGAACCACCUGGUCCUAAAAUGUAUCUUCUAUUGAGUUCUUUUAAAAGAAGCAGCGCCUAACGAGUUCUUUAAAUUGAACCCACUGACCGAACCGGAUGGUGAUAAUGUUGGCGUCAUGAAGACUGCUUUCCAGACUUUGGAAAACAAAUGGUUUUUUUCUGUCGGUGGAUCCUCGGGAAAUGGCAGAAUAGUUCCAACGGUUACCGUAGCCUCAUUUCAGAGCACUUUGGGAAAACAACCGGAGGGGCAGACGGCGAGCGGAUCAGAAGACGUCAGAUCGCCCAGAGUGCUUCAGAGUCAAGGUCCACAAUGACAAGAAGGACCUUCCUUUGGGUUCUGCUCACUCUGGUCCUUCCCUGCUCCAGCGAGGAGGGUGUAGACGGCGUGAGAGCUGAAUGUUUAUGCGAAGGACCCUCCUGCAGCAGUGGGGAACGAUGUUUUGGCCAGCAGUGCUUUGCUUCUCUCUCUCUACUGAAUGGAACGACAGUCUUUGAAAGGGGCUGCAUCAUUGGGGGGGAUGAAGAUAGGUCGCUGCUCUGUGGAAAGCCACCAACUCCGGAGCUGGUGGUGGAGUGCUGUCUUGGAGAUUUGUGCAAUGCGAAUGUCUCAUUGCAGUUUCCAGGGAAAGAUGUCGAGCUGUCUGCCGGCAGACCAGUCCUCAGAGACCAGGAGUGUGUGUGUGAGGGAGGCUCGUGUGAGCCCGGCCGGCGUUGUGCUGGCCAGCAGUGUUUCUCCUCUCUGAAUGUGACAGACGGGGCCACCGUCCAGCUAAAGGGCUGCCUGAGGGACGACGAGGAGGGCAGAGCCACCUGUGCCACGCCACCUUCUUCGGUCUAUGUCGUUAGGUGCUGCCAGGGCCAUCUGUGUAACAUGAACGUCACGGUGCAAGUCCAGGGAAAAGAAAAGGAAAAGAAGCGUCCGACAGACGAGGAGCAUGAGUGUGUGUGCGAGGGCAGCUCCUGCGUGUCAGGGUCCCGCUGCAGGGGCAGCCUCUGUUUUUCAUCUCUGACGGUCAACAACGGCAUGCUUGUGUACCAGAAAGGCUGCUUCAAGGUGUAUGAACAGAGCACGAUGACCUGCAAGACGCCGCCGUCCAGUGAGCAGAGAGUCGAGUGUUGCUACGGGCAUCUGUGUAACAUGAACAUCACUGUGGAGCUUCCUGUCAAAGUCGACGAUCUGUCCAGCUACAAUGUCACCACGCUGACUAUGGCCAUUGUGGCGCCCAUCAUCGUCCUCAUCAUCCUUUCCACAGUGGCCAUCCUCAUAUUUAGGCGCGUCCAUCGCAACCAAAUGGAGAGGCUGACGUCACGAGACGCUGAAUAUGGAACAAUUGACGGACUUAUAGCGUCAAAUGUUGGGGAAAGCACGCUGGCGGAUCUGCUGGAUCAUUCCUGCACUUCUGGAAGUGGCUCUGGUCUCCCGUUUCUUGUUCAGAGGACUGUUGCCCGACAGAUCACUCUGAAUGAGUGCGUGGGUAAAGGCCGCUAUGGUGAAGUGUGGAGGGGUCAGUGGCAGGGGGAGAGCGUUGCUGUGAAAAUCUUCUCCUCCAGAGAUGAGAAGUCCUGGUUUAGAGAGACUGAGAUCUACAACACUGUGCUACUGAGGCAUGACAACAUCCUGGGCUUCAUCGCCUCAGACAUGACUUCCAGGAACUCCAGCACUCAGCUGUGGCUCAUCACUCACUUCCACGAAAUGGGUUCCUUGUACGACUAUCUUCAGCUCAGCACCCUGGAUGCGUCCAGCUCCCUCCGCAUGGCGCUCUCAAUAGCCAGUGGCUUGGCACACUUACACGUUGAGAUCUUCGGCACGCAGGGCAAGCCUGCUAUUGCCCACCGAGACCUCAAGAGCAAAAAUAUAUUGGUGAAAAAGAAUGGACAGUGCUGCAUUGCUGACUUAGGUCUGGCAGUCAUGCAUUUUCAAGACACUAAUGAACUGGAUGUGGGGAACAACCCUAAAGUUGGUACCAAGCGCUACAUGGCCCCUGAGGUGCUGGACGACUCCAUCCAGAUGGACUGCUUCGAGUCCUUCAAGAGGGUGGACAUUUGGGCGCUGGGCCUCGUCCUGUGGGAGGUCGCUAGGAGGACAGUAAGCAAUGGCAUCGUUGAAGACUAUAAGCCACCGUUUCAUGACGUGGUUCCCAGUGAUCCCAGCUUCGAGGACAUGAAGAAGGUGGUGUGUGUGGAUCAGCAGAGGCCCAAUAUCCCAAACAGAUGGUUCUCAGACCCGACUUUAAGCUCCUUGGCUAAACUCAUGAAGGAGUGCUGGUACCAGAACCCGUCUGCCAGAUUAACAUCACUUCGCAUCAAAAAGACUCUGACCAAGAUUGACAACUCUUUGGAUAAAAUCAAAACAGACAUAUGAGCCUUUGCUUGAGAAGAAGAGGCCUUUGAAAACAUCCAGAGGAUGGGAAAUCUUAUAGAAAGUCUCAGAAGAUAAAAGACUUGAUGUGUUUAGUGCCCUUAUAGCGGCACAGACCUAUAUUUAUUAUAAAACACCAGGAAGGACACGUUUUGGCAUCCAAAGAUGGCUUGAUGGGCAUUUCCGAGACUGCCCAUGUAGUCUUGGAAAAAGGAAACCAUCAAUUCAAUGUAUGGCAUAGGAGCUGGACUGUUGGAAACCUUCUUCAAGGAGGAAGCUGUUACCCGGGCAUUUGAAUAGUUUGUUUUUUUAGAAACGCAGAUUUUGCUUUACACAUUUUCCAGUUUAAAAGACGUUUUAAAAGACGUCCGAACAUGAUCUCAUCUUAUUCUUUUUAAUUGUGCUUCAUUCAUUUGCAUUAUGGUACGCUCAUGUAGGAAAAAAUAUAAACAACCAAGGUUUAAGGUACGUCUGUGACAGCAACUGCAGCAAGAGGCAUCAUGUUGUACUAAUGCGCUAAUGUGUACUAUGCUGUAAAAACAAGUUUCACCUGAAAUGUAAUGAGGUGUACGGCUGCGCUUGGUGCACUUAUCCUUUGGCAGAUGGAUGUCAUUCAACUAGAGAUACUUUGUCUCAACCAUUUUGUGUAUUACAUAAAAUUUACAUUUUGUUUUCAGCUUUAGAGUUAAAAUCAGAUAUCUGCCACUUAUUGCUGUUUUUUUUCCAAAGGCCUGUCAGUAACGAUGUAAAGCCUGUAUACUGUCUUAACGCGUGCAUUGUUGUCCUAAUGCGUGCAUCGUCAAGUAAGUGAAGUCAGAUUUAAGCCUUUUUUUUUAUUAUUUCUUUAAAAUUUUAUAUCAACUAGUGAUUUCUAUUAAUUAAAUAGAAAACAAU